CACAAUUCCAACUUAUUCAAGUAUAAAACUAAUAUUUGAUAUCACCACGCACACACCAUCCAUAAUAAAAACACAUAAUGAAAUUUUCACUCAUCGUAAUUCUUGGUUUGUGUGCUGUUGCUGCAAACACACAACAAUUUGAAUAUACAGCGCUUGAAGCUGCUAUUCCGCAAGGAGAAGUUCUUGACAAUAUAAAAGACUUAUUGGAAAAAGUUAAGCAAUAUGCACAAGAAGCCAUUCAAAAUAUUUUAAGCAAACUGAAGGAAUUAGCUGAAAAAAUUAAAAAUGGUAUCAACCCAAAGAUCGCCGAAGCUGUAAGGAAAGUAAUAGAUUUCGUUAAAAGAAUUGCUGAUCUGGCCAAUACUGGCAUUGUUGCCAAAGUUUGUGUUAAUUUGCAUAAAGAUCGUCUAGAAGAUAUUGUUAAUAGAUUGAAUGCCGGUGUCGCUGAAUGUCAAGCUAUCGCCAUGAAAGAAUUGGAAGUUAUUCAAGCCGAAGUUAUGGAAACUGUUGGCGAAAUUCAAGGAUAUGCACAAGAUUUAUAUAACGUUAUUAAUGAGUGCUUAGAUGAAGAAAACAUUUUAGCUAAAGUUUGGUGCAUGGUCAAAAAAAUCUUUUAUAUCAGAGAUCAAAUUAAAGCUGCUUAUGAAUCUAUCGAAGCAACAAUUAAUAGCGCACAAGAAAAGAUACCUGUUAUUGUUGAAGAAGCACAGCAAUGCACACUCGCAGCACAACAAGAGGUUAUGCCUGAGUUGACAGAAAUUAUGCAAAAAGUUCAACAAUGUAUUGCAGAAAACAGAUAUUAAAAAUAUAAAAAUUUUUUUUAUAUAUUAUAUUUCAUAAGGAAGCAAUAAAGAAUAAAAAUAAAAGUAGCUAAAAGCUAUUUGCGUUUAAAAGUGA